AUGAGCAAAAAUAUUGAAGACUACAAAAAAAAGCUUGAGGAAUUAAAAAAAGGUAGAGCAGCUGCUAGAACAACUGAAUAAAUAGUAGGAAAUGUUUAGACUAGCUAGUAACCUGUUUAAAAUAUAGAUAAAGAAGAAUAAAAGGAAAGCUAGUAAACAAGUUAGAGUCAUUUAGAUAAUAUUUCUAAUUAACAUUAAGAAGCAAGUAGCUCAUCCUAAAAGAAACUUAGGACUUUCAAUUUAGAAAUGGAUAAAUAAGUUAUAGAAAUUAGCAUUCCUCCUAAAGAAAAAAUUCAUUAUGAAAGAGAAAUUUAAUGCGAUUUAGAAGUAGAACAACAAACUCAUAAACUUUUCCAUGGAACUGGAAAUGAAUCAGAAAGCAAUUUCCAACAUGUUUAAGUGGAAAUUGAAAACCCCGAUGUAUUCUAAAAUCCUCAUCAAGUUUCUUCUUAAAUAGCUGCCUCAGCUCAUAAAGCAUUACAAUAACCUGUCCUACCUUCUAAAGUUGAAUUAACAGGAGAAGACAUAAGUCAUAUUGUAAAAUCUAAAAAUUUCCUAGAUUUUUUUAAUAGAAGUUCUAGAUUAAUAGAAAAAGCAAUUACUAACAAAGACGACAGCAAUCUCUAUGCUUUAAUUGAUGUUAUUGGAGAUAAAAGCAAUUCAAAUUUACAAUAAACAGGUAUCAAAAGUUAUUUAUAACACUCAGUCAAACUUACUGAUCAGUAAUAUGGUACCAACAGAGUAGUUACUGGUAUUGAGUGGUCUCCUCAUAGAAAUGAUUUAGUUCUAGCUUCUUAUUCCCAAAAUGAAUAAGGAAAUAUAAAUGAUCCUGUUGGGUUAGUUGCUUUGUGGUCUUUAUCUUUAAAGACAAGACCUGAAUUCUACUGCUUCAGUUAGUCUUAAGUUACUUGUGUCAAAUAUAAUCCAUUUUAAGAAAAUCUCGUACUUGGUGGACUUUAUAAUGGCUAAAUAGUUUUAUGGGAUUUAAGAGCUAAGAGUACACCUAUACAGAGAACUACAUUCACAACUGGUCAUUCUUAUCCUAUAUACUCUUUAGAUGUAGUCGGUUCUGUAAAUGCACAUAAUAUUAUUUCUAUUUCAAAUGAUGGUAAACUUUGCGUUUGGAAUAUGAACAUGCUUACUUAGCCUUCUAAAACUAUUGACUAAUUAACUUAUACUCCUCCUGAGAAAACAAAAUAGGAUAUAAAUGUUACUUGUAUGCAAUUUCCUUAAGGAGAUGCUAAUAAUUUUUACAUAGGUUCUGAAGAUGGUUCAUUCUAUAGAACCUAGUUACACUCUAAGACAUAAAAUAAUAGUCAAAGCAUGGUAGCAGCUGUUCAUGCUCAUGAUGCACCUAUCUCUUCAUUGAGCAUUAGUCAUGAUCCAACUGGCUCUCAUUAACUUUCUGGUAUGGUUUUAACUUCAUCUUUUGAUUGGACAGUAAAAUUAUGGAAUCCUAAAGUCAGUGGAAAACCUAAAAAAGUACUUACAUUUGAUUGCUCUGAAGAUUAUGUCUAUGAUGUUGCCUGGAAUCCUGUUAAUCCUUCACUAUUUUGUUGUGUUGAUGGCGAAGGAUACUUAGAUGUCUGGGAUUUAUGUGAAGAUAUCGAAAAUCCAGUUUACCAUGAAUAAGAAGAUAAAUUUGCUCUAAACAAGUGCAGAUGGAGUUUAGAUGGUUCAAAGGUAGCAACAGGUGACUCAAGAGGCAAUCUUAGCAUUUAUAAUUUGGAUAAAAAAUACCUAAAAAUAAAUGAAAAUAAAUUAAGCAAUAUAAUUGAUUUAUAUGAAAAUAAAUAAUGA